AUGGUCAAGGACUGGCCUAUUGGUCCGAAAUAUUUGGUCGCAUGUCACAUUCACAUGCCGACUACUCGCGGCUGUCAGAAACUCCGGAAACGUUUCGGCGCGGAAAAAUUAGCGGGCAAACAUGAAAUCCAGUGUUGCUUUGGUUUUUGCAGUGAUCAAUACUUGGUGCAUAGUCGCACCACUUGUGUGGUGAAUCGUCGUCUCAAAGGACUAGGAGAAGAGGGACCAGAUAGUUAUCGAAUACGUGCCAAGCCUCUUAAUCCUGCACAUGACAGCAAUCUACAGAAGUUUUUGCAUGCACAAAGGCUUGACAUACAACAACGAUAUGAGGAAAUUUUCGAUGAACAAAGCUAUGAUCGGAUAAGGCAGUGGGAAAAACUCAAGCAUGGAAUUAUUCCUACACAGCAGAAG